AUGGAUGAAAAAGUUAAAGAAUUUUGUGGUAUUGAUUUUUAUACUGAUGAUAACAAUACUUCAACAGCAAUUGAAUUAUCUUCACAAUAUAAAAUGUCAACAUUUGGUCAAGAAUUUCAUCCAUAUUUUAGGACAGAGUAUUAUCGUGCUUCUGCAACCCAUCGGAUAAAUGAAUUGUAUAAUUAUGUUAUGACAGAAUCAAAUAAUUUACCAAGUAAUCUUAAUUUUGCAAAAAUUAUUCAAUCUGAAGAUAAAACAAAGGUCACCGUUGUAAUAACUGAAUUUUCUAGAGCAUAUCAUGUAACAAAACCUAAUGGUGAUUGGAUUUUUCUUGAAAGAAGUAAUGAUGGAAAAUAUAAUACUAUGUAUACUAUGAAUAAAGAAAAAAAUGGUAAUUAUGUUAAAGUUUUGUGCACAUAG